AUGGAGCAGGCUACCACUCCAGCUGCAGUGCCAGCCCCGCCCAUCACCCAUGCAGCUGUCAACGAGCGAGAAUCGGGUGCAGUCGGCACCGACGCCCACACCACCCACGCUGCAUCCUCGGUGACCAACGGCGAAGGCCAAGUCUCAUCCAACGACUCAUCCGACCAGUCGUCUCCUGAAAUGCCGCCCGUCGAACGCACAAAGAGCGGUCGAGGCAGCGUCCCUUUCACCUCCCUCGACCCUCAGGGCGUUGCCGAGCUCACCCGUCGUCUCACUCAACAGUCCCUCGUCACGCGCACCCGCACCAGCGAUGGAGGCGAAGCGGCUGUCGGAUUCGAUCCCUUCGACAAGAAUGGCAAGUUCGAGCUCGAGCGCUUCCUUCGCCAUGUCAUGGAUCAGGUGCACGGCGCAGGCAACGAGACCAGACAGAUGGGCCUCGUCUGGCAAAACCUCACCGUCACAGGCCUGGGCACUGGCUAUGCGCUCGGAGACACCGUAGGCUCACUGCCUCUCAAACCCUACGAGGCCGCCAAGAACAUCAAGUCCCUCCUUCAUCCGCCCGUCAAGACCAUUAUCGACAAUUUCGAAGGCUGCGUCAAGCCAGGCGAGAUGCUCCUUGUGCUCGGCCGACCAGGUGCAGGAUGCACUUCUUUCCUCAAGACGCUCGCCUCUUACAGAGAUGGCUUCAAGGACAUCACCGGAACGCUGCUCUACCAGGGCAUGGACCACACCGUCAUCGACAAACGCCUCCGCGGCGAUGUCGUCUACUGCCAGGAGGACGACAUUCAUUUCCCCACCCUUACUGUAUACCAGACACUCGCCUUUGCUGUCGCCACUCGCGCUCCUCAAGCCCGUCGCCGCCUUCACCUCCUCGAAAGCGAAAACACCACCACCCGCGACGGCUACAUCAAGACGCUUGUCGAAGUCCUCGCCACAAUCCUCGGCCUGAGACACACCUACAACACCAAAGUGGGCAACGACUUUGUUCGCGGUGUCUCAGGAGGUGAGAGGAAACGUGUCAGUGUAGCAGAGACCUUGGCUUCCAGAGCUAAGGUCGUUCUCUUUGACAAUUCGAGUCGAGGUCUCGAUUCCAGCACUGCCCUUGAGUUUGUCAAGUCGCUGCGUAUCUCGACCGACAUUGCCAAUUCCACCACCGUCGCCUCCAUCUACCAGGCCGGUGAGGGUUUGACCCAACUCUUCGAUAAAGUGCUCGUCAUCAAUGAGGGCCGACAGGUCUACUUUGGUCCCACCUCGGAGGCUCCCGAUUAUUUCAAAGAGAUGGGCUACAUCCCCCAGGAACGUCAGACCACCGCAGACUACCUCGUCGCGUGUACCGAUGCGCACGGGCGAAAGCUCCGUGAAGGGUACGAGAAGCGCGCGCCUCGUACCGCCGACGAGAUGGCCCGCUACUGGCAGAACUCGCCUCAAGGUCGCAAGAAUCACGAAGAGGUGCAGGCCUACCUCAAGGAACUCGAAUCCAACGUCGACGAUGAGGCCGUCAAGCGCUACAAGGCCUUGGCACGCGAGGACAAGGCGAAAAGGACGCGCAAGGGAAGCGCCUACAUUAUCUCUCUUCCCAUGCAGAUCCGCCUCGCCAUCAAGCGACGUGCCCAGAUCACGUGGGGCGACAUCCUCACACAGGUCAUCAUCGCCAUGGCGUCGCUCUUCCAAGCGCUCAUCAUCGGUUCCGUCUUUCUGUUGAUGCCCAAGAACACCUCGGGCUUCUUCUCGCGAGGCGGUGUGAUCUUCUUUGCUCUGCUCUACAACUCGUUUACCGCCAUGUCUGAGAUCACUGCAGGUUACGCACAGAGGCCCAUCGUCAUUCGUCAUAGGCGGUUUGCUAUGAUUCACCCUUUCAGCGACGCACUCGCGAAUACGCUGCUCGACAUGCCCAUCCGCCUCAUGACGCUCACUGUGUUCGACAUUGUGCUCUACUUUAUGGUCGGCCUUCAGUACACUGCGGGUCAGUUUUUCGUCUUUUACAGCACCACAGCCCUGAUCACAUUCACCAUGGUCGCCUUUUUCCGCAUGCUGGCCGCAGCGACCAAGUCUGAGUCGCUCGCCACCAUGAUUGGUGGUCUCGCGGUGAUCGACCUCGCGCUCUACGCUGGAUAUGUGAUUCCCCGACCUUCGAUGGUGGUGUGGUGGAAAUGGCUCUCGUACUGCAAUCCGGUCGCGUUCGCCUUCGAGAUUCUCCUCACCAACGAGUUCAGGACGCUCAAUGUUCCUUGUGCCGACUUCAUCCCGUCAGGUCAGGCGUAUGACAACGUCUCAGACCAGUACAAGACCUGCCCCGUCGCUUCGGCACGACCUGGACAGAAUAUCGUGAUCGGCUCCGAGUAUCUGGAACAGUCCUUCGGCUACAAGUGGUCUCAUGCCGGACGCAACGCCGGUAUCAUUUUUGCGUUCUGGUUCUUCUUCCUGUUCGUGUACAGCGUUGCAUCCGAGUUCCAGAAGGACCCCAGCGCAUCCGGUGGAGUCAUGGUGUACAAACGCGGUGCUGCGCCCAAGGAGGUCGUAGAGGCUGCCAAAGCGUCCGGCGACGUGGAAGCUGGUGACGCUGCCGCUACCACUCCCGCCGCCGGUGCCGAGAGCGAGCAGAUCGAGCAGUCGGACAAAGCUGUCGGCAAGCUCGAGUCGUCGACGUCCGUAUUCGCAUGGAAGAACGUCAACUACGAUGUGCUGAUCAAGGGCAACCCGCGACGCCUUCUGUCGGACGUGUCUGGCUUCGUCGCCCCGGGCAAAAUGACGGCGCUGAUGGGCGAGUCCGGAGCAGGCAAGACGACUCUGCUGAACGUCCUGGCGCAACGUACCGAUACAGGCGUCGUCAAGGGCAUCUUCAGCGUCAACGGUGCUCCUCUGCCCAAAUCGUUCCAGUCCAACACGGGCUACUGUCAACAGCAGGACGUCCACCUAGGCACGCAGACUGUGCGAGAGGCUUUGCAAUUCUCUGCCUUGCUCCGCCAGCCUCGCGAAACACCCAAAGAGGAGAAGCUGGCUUACGUGGAGAACGUUAUCUCGAUGCUCGAGAUGGAGUCGUGGGCCGAAGCGCUUGUGGGAGAAGUGGGCAUGGGUCUCAACGUCGAGCAGCGCAAGCGUCUCACCAUCGGAGUCGAGCUGGCCUCCAAGCCUAAAUUGCUGUUGUUUUUGGAUGAGCCGACUUCGGGGUUGGACGCCAUGGCAGCAUGGAGUAUUGUGCGCUUCCUUCGAAAGCUCGCCGAGGCCGGGCAGGCGAUUCUGUGCACCAUCCACCAACCGUCUGGCGAGCUCUUCAACCAGUUUGACCGUCUUCUGCUGCUGCAAAAGGGAGGCAAAACCGUCUUCUUUGGUGAUAUCGGAUCCAACUCGCAGAAGCUGAUCAAUUACUUUGGCGAUCGCGCCGACAAGCGUUGCGGCGAAAACGAUAACCCUGCCGAGUACAUUCUCGACGUGAUUGGCGCGGGUGCGACGGCGACCUCGGACCAGGAUUGGCACCAGCUGUUCCGCGAGUCGCAUUUGUACACCGACAUGAUGAAGCAGAUCGAGCAGAUCGACGCUUCGGCAGCGAACCACCACGCCACCGCCGAGGAAGAGGCCAUGGGACAGCGCGAGUACGCCGAACCGCUCAGCGUGCAGGUGGGGCAGGUGAUGCGCCGAGCGUUCACCCACUACUGGCGAGACACAACGUACAUCAUGUCGAAGCUGAUGCUCAACAUCAUCGCCGGUCUGUUCAUUGGAUCUUCGUUCUGGAAUCAGGGUCGCGACGAAACGUCUGCUUCGAUGCAAAACAAGAUUUUCGCCAUCUUCAUGGCGCUCGUGCUGUCGACGUCGCUGUCGCAGCAGCUGCAACCAGUGUUUAUCCAGUUCCGCGCGCUGUACGAGGUGCGAGAAAGACCUAGCAAGAUGUACAGCUGGCCCGUGGCGGUGGCGUCUGCGCUGGUGGUCGAGGUCCCUUGGAACUUGUUGGGAGGAACGCUGUUCUGGGCGCCGUGGUACUUCAUGACGAGGUUCCCUUCGGGCAAAACGGCGGUGCUGGUGUGGGGAUACUACAUGCUCUUCCAGAUCUACUACCAGACGUUUGCCGCUGCCAUCGCGGCCAUGUCUCCUAACCCGAUGAUUGCGUCGAUCCUCUUUUCGACGUUCUUCUCGUUCGUUAUUGUGUUCUGCGGAGUGGUGCAGCCGCCGCCGUUGCUGCCGUACUUCUGGCGCUCGUGGAUGUUUGUCGCUUCGCCCUUUACGUAUCUGUUGGAAGGAAUGCUGGGAGCAGUUCUCAACGACAAACCCGUCCGCUGCGGUGCCAACGAGUACAACACCAUCAACCCUCCGCCCGGCCAGACGUGUGCACAGUACCUCGGCAACUUUGUCACCACUCUCGACGGACCCAACCUCGGCUCAGGUUACUACAUCGACGGCGCCAACGGCUCGUGCAAUUACUGCAGGUACCGCGUGGGCAACGACUACCUGCGCUCCAUCUCGCUCAGCGCCGCGCACCGCUACCGCAACCUCGGUAUCAUCUGCAUCUACAUUGUGUUCAACAUUGCGCUCUGCUUUGCGCUCUUCUACCUCUUCCGCAUCUUCCGCUUGUCCAACUUCAAGAAGAGCACCAACAGCAGCAGCACUAAGAAAACAACCAAGAAGGCGGUCGAGGAGGAGCAGCCCGAGUCGGAAAAGUCGACGACUGGUGAUGCUGCUCAAGUGGCCGCUUCGAAGGCAAACGCGGGUGGCGAAAAGGUGGCUGAGGAGGUCAGCGCUACUUCGGCCGCUGCGAAGGGUGCUGGACAUCAAGAUGCCAGCGAAGCCUCCGUUCCUGCUUCCAACUUGUUUGGUGGGUUCGGGCAGGCAAGUGUGCAAGAUACUCAGGCCAAGGUCUAG